AUGACCAUCCCGAGCUGGCUUUUAAAACUUCUUCUCAUGAGUGAUACUCGCCAGCAUCAACGAGCCAGUAAUAGCAAUUGCAACUGCAGGGACUGUGGAAUUCCAUCUGGAGCUAGUUCCUCGUUCCAGUCUGCCCUUUUGGUUCUUUCUCAUCCCUCGCCCUCUCUCCGCGCGGCAGCCGGCCCCUCCCUCGCGCCGGCUCGCACCUCUUCCCAACCCCGUACACCUGGAGGCUUGCGCGGGCUCCGGACGCGUGCGGAGCGCCGGCGGCGCAGCGGAGGCAGAGGCGCGCUGACGGCCACCGCCAGCCCGCGCCCAGGGACAGCACGCGCGGCCUCACGGGGAUCAUUCUCCUCAGCCGCCGCGCAAGCCUCGCCGCGACCACCGUCGCCGAAGCUGCAGGCGGGCAGCCGUGAGCCCUCGGGGACAGGCAGCCCGGGCGGCCGCUCCUCCCGGAUGCCAAGGCCAGGGCGCAGGGCGGCCGCCAGCAAGAGGAUGAAGAGCUCGGUGGAAGGAAGGAGCGAAAAGCUUCUGAGGGCGCCGAAAGCUCAGCCGGGCGACGAUUUCACAUCUGCACAAGAUGGGGAGAGUGAGCCUGAAUUAAUGCCUGAUGACUUUGAAGAAAAACCAGAAAGAGAGAAGAAACAUACCAACUUCACUCUGUGCAACGUGUGUAACAUUCAGCUGAAUUCCGCUGCUCAAGCACAAAUCCACUACAAUGGCAAAUCCCAUCAAAAGAGAUUAAAACAACUCAGCAAUGGGAUGCUGAAAAAUGACAGUGGUAAGCUUUUCUAA